AUUUCCCUUGGGGUGGAGCCAGCUGGAAAGAAGCGGCGGGGAGCCACCAUAUAAGGGGCGGGGAGCAAAGGCCGCGCCAAGGCGAGCCCGCCAACGAAACCGCAGCGAGCCGAGGUAAAGGGCAGGCAGGGGCGGAGCGCGGCGCCGGCCGAGUCGGCUCCGGCUGCGGAAGAGGCGCGCGAGGCUCGGCGGGGUCCGCCAGCCCGCGUGCGCCUUUACGCGCGGUGGCGAAGCGUUUCUGGCUUUGCCGGGAAUAGAAAGCCGGGUGCGCGCGUAGAUGCGCCUUUCGAGGGAACGCGUGGUGAUGAUUCGUGUCUCAGGUAGGGUCAUCUGCGCUGUUUUCCUAGCGGGGAUGACCGUUUCCUGAGGGUUCGCGUGGUCGCGCCGGCUGCAUGUGGGUGCGUGUCUGGUGCGGGGUAUGUGUGCAGAUAGAGGCAUUGACAUGAUGCUGGGGCGGACUUUGGUAAUACGGCGCCCCGAGCGAGGGCAAAGUUCGGCGCCGCCCCUGAAUAUUUAUUAUUUCCACAGUUGCUUUUUAAUGGCUCUUCUCAGUAGAUACCCUUAUAAACAUAGUUGGUCAUCAUCAUCACCACCACCACCACCAGGUCUUCUCUGCGGUGGCGCCCUCCCUUCAGAUGUCAAGCUGAUAAAGACCGACACAACCUUUAGAAGACAUCUGAAGGCAGCCCUGUAUCAGGAGGUUUUUAAUGUUUGACGUUUUGUUAUGUUUUUAGAUGUGCUGGAAGCCACCCAGAGUGGCUGGGGGAACCCAGCCAGAUGAGCAGGGCAUAAAUAAUAAAAUUGUUAUUAUUAUUAUUAUUGGCCUCUUCCGCACGGUGCCUGUGCUGAUGUGCCUUCCGAGGGAACGUAGGGGUCGUCAGUGCUGUUUUCCUGGCAGAGACGAUGAUUUCCUGUGUGUUCAUGUGCGACUGGUGCAUGUGUGUCUGUGUCUGGUGGGAGGUAUGAGAGAUGCAUGUGUCUGUGCUGGUGUACAUGUGAUGCUGUCAUGAGGACAUGUUUUUGUCAGGUGUGUGUGUGUACAGAUGAGGCUGUCGUUAAAUGUUCAUCAGGUGUACAAAAGAGACUGUUCUUUGUUGAGCACAAUUCUUCUGCUAUAUUAUAGGGUUUAUUUAAAGUGCUAUAAUACUGCAAAUUCACAUGCAUUCUAAAGCACAUUCAACACAUGGUUCCCCCUAAAGAAUUCUAGGAACUGUAGUUGAGGGUGCUGGCAUUGUAGCUCUGUAAUGGGAGGUUACAGUUUCCAGGAUCCUUUGAGAGAAGUGCUUCAAAUUUGUGUUCAAUGCGUUCUGUGGAUCUGCCCAAAGUGGCUGAUUCGACCACUUCAUCAAGUCUCUUUUUCAAAAGAAUCCUGUCUUACAGAUAUAAAUGCCUUUCUGUGUAAGCUACCCACCCAAAUUAAUCAUGUAACUUUAUAUAUUUAAAUUGGGAAGUAUAUAAGCUGGGAAGAAAAGCAGUGUGUGUGUUGCAUAGCAGUGUUAGAAAUUCCCUAGGCACAUUUUGCAACCAUGUGGAGAUGUCUUGAUGCCAGAUUGGCGACUGACAUCACCGUCUGGUUGGGCCCUCCAGCAGAUAAGGAGAAGAGCUUAUUUAUUGCAUUCAUAUCUCAACUUUUUCUCCAAAGAGUACAUGGUUCACCCCUACCACUCCGCAGUUAAUCCUUACAAUGACCCACAGUGAGCUUCACCACUGAGUGCAGAUUUGAACCCUGAUCUCCCAUGUCCUGGUCUGACACUCUAACCACUACACCACACUGGCUUCCUAGAGCACUUCUGCUGUGGGGCAGCUCUAUAAAUUAAGUAUGGGGAAAGCAAAAUGUCACUUAGAGAAAGGAUCUGAAAUAUUUUCCUUGAAGCUUGCAUUUGUUUUCUUCUGGAUUGUUUUAUUUGAUGUGUCAAUGUGUUGUAAACUGCUUUGAGAUUUUUUUCUUUAAAAUAUAAAGUGGUAUAUUAAUAAUAAUAAUAAUAAUAAUAAUAAUAAUAAUCCACUGCAAAAGGUGCCUUGGUAUUCCAUUGCAGCGACUAUGUUCUUUUUGCUCAAAAGGAGUGAGCUUUUCUUCAUUCUCUUAAGCCAGCCUUCCGCAUUAUGCAACCCUGCUCUGGUUUUAUAUCUCUUACUAACCCUGUGCUGGCUGGGGAUGUUGGGAGUCGUAACCCAAAACAUCUGGAGGGUAUCUGAGAUGACUUCAGUUGGGCUACUGUAAUUAAUUCUUUUGGUCCUAGCAGACAUGUCUGGGAUUCACACACAGUUUAUUUAAGUAAUAAACUUUUAUUGGGUAAAGAUUUAUUCUUAAUUGAAAAGAUUUGUGUGGCUGGAUGCUUCCCAGAUCCUUGCGCUCUUAGGAUAUGAGGUCUGUGUCUUGUUUCACAUAAGCAUAACACACACUUUUCAUCUUAUUUCUUGCUUGGCUUAGCAUGUGUUUGGAGAAGGGCUGUGGCUGAGGGUCAGAGCAUGCCAGAUCCUUGGGAUCUCUAGGUAGGACAUGGGAAGACUGCCUGGCAAAGAGCCUGGAGAGUCACUGCCAGUCCGUGUAGACAUUAUUGAGGGUGUUGAACUGCUCUUACUGUCAGAAUGUUCUUCCUGAAGUUUAAUUGGAACCCCAUUUCUUGUCAUUUGAAGCCAUUGGUUUGGGUCCCUGACAGAUAGAUGGCUGGUUCCUAUUUAACAUUGUGUACGAGUCGUAUGUCAGCUCCAGUCUCUUUGUGCAUCCUCUACUUAAUGCACCUGUCUUCAAAGAAACCUAAUUCUAAGAUAAGACAUUUGGCUAUGAUCCAAGGCUAGGUGGUGUAAUCCUUAGGUAUCAAGAAGCUACACGCUUCUUGGGGCAGGGGGAUGUAGACUAGGGAGUUCAGAGGGAAAUGAAUUGAACUGGCUGUGGACAGAUUCACACCAUAGAUGGUUUGGAUUGCGUGGAACUGCCGUAUUUUUCGCCCUAUAGGACGCACUUUUUCCCCUCCAAAAAUGAAGGGGAAAUGUGUGUGCGUCCUAUGGGGCGAAUGCAGGCUUUCGCUGAAGCCUGGAGAGCGAGAGGGGUCGGUGCGCACCAACCCCUCUCGCUCUCCAGGCUUCAGGAAGCUAUCCGCAAGCCUGGGGAGCCCAGCGGGAGUUCCCUCCGGGCUCCCUAGGCUUGCAGAUGGCAGCCUGCAGCCCGAAACCCGGGAGCGCUCCGCAGCGCACCCCGGGCUUUGGGCAGAUGUCUGCAAGCCUUGGGAGUUCCUGCAGAACUCCCAAGGCUUGCGGAUAGCAGCCUGUUCUGGGGUCGGGGGAAGCUCAGGCUUCCCCUGCCCCAGCCCCGCACCUGGGGGGGAAAUAAUUUUUUUUCUUUAUUUCCUCCCCCCAAAAACUAGAUGCGCCCUAUGGGCCGGUGCGCCCUAUAGGGCGAAAAAUACGGUAGUUGAUGGUUGCUUGAAAGUCCCCAAAAGCCCAGCCAUGCCAUAAUCCUGAAAUGCCCAAAUGCGUUGUCAGAAAUAGCAGAUAAACAGUUGUCUCGACAGCUUCUGUGUGCAUGAGUUCAUCUAUUUAGCAAAUAGUGUAAGUGGGACUACAGCUGUUGUCAGGAUAAGGGUGUCUGGUCCAAUUAAAGACCCUCCUGGUAGUAGUGCAACCUCCCAUUGCUCUUACCAGAUACUGGGAACAAACUGCUAGCUCUCUGGGAAAUCUCAGAGAUUUGUGCAUCUCUAAGCAAGGGUCUCUAUGUCUGAGGCUUCUGUUAGAAUUCCUGAUCUAUGAUUGCAGUCAUGGGAUUUUUGUCUUAUCACAUGAUGGUGUUUGUUUUGACUCCACAGAGUGGGAUGUGAUGGAGACAGGAUGUUUGUGUUACUGUGUUCCGUGAAGUGGGACUAUUGUCCUUUGUUCUUUUUCUCUUUGCUGUCUGAUGCUAGAGGGAGAGGGAGCCAUGUUGCAGUGCUCCAUGUGUGUUUAUAUAUAUAAAUAAAUAGAUUAGCCAAAAUGCUGAGUUGCUGAGGUCUGUUACGCAAACUGCGAGCACUCUGCUAAUCCCUAAGUGUGCCAAUGUCUGUUGGCCUCGGUCGCUGUGAUGUUUAGGCAGAAGAAAGCUUUUGAAGCUCCCGAAUGAAAGACCAGGAGAGAGAGAACAUGCCAGUCGGGCAUGUGUCUCUGCCAGGGUCCUACUCGAGUGUAGGCUGAACUCCUGACAGCUUCAUCAGCUAGCACAAAAUGAAAAAAAACUUCUCUCUCAGCCUACUCAGUGGCCAAAAGUCUUUGGCACUGGACUCAGAAAUUGGACCUCCUUCUCAAGAACUUAUGCCAGUGCUUUUAAAGCAACGUGGAUCCUAAGACCCAGUGGGAUAUAAACUGACUAACAGCAUAAAUCAACAGUUUAAGAGUAUUGGGAGUACAGAAUGUGAAAAUAAGAAAGGACUAUCUUAUCCUUGCCAGAUGCUCAUGAGCCUAGACUACCCUGCUUUUCCAGCAAAAGCUGGUUCAUGCGCCUUCAAUGUUAAAAAAAAUAAAAAAUAAGGCUAAAGUGGAACAAGAGGGAUAGGACAUAGGAGAAAAGAAGAGGGAGAUGCUGGGAGCAUGAGGUAGAUGCUAUCUUAGACCCUUAUUCUCAUACAAGAAGAAGAAGAAGAAGAAGAAGAAGAAGAAGAAGAAGAAGAAGAAGAAGAAGAAGAAGAAAUAUUAAAAUAAAUAAAAUUAACUUCUGGUUAUUCUCAUUGUACUAUUUCUCAUUUGUUAUUUUACACGCAGUGCCUUAUUAUUAUUUUUGCUUUCCCAGUUCUUGUCAAGAGUACUUUAUUAUUUAUCACCUUAAUUUUGCAAGAAUCAUUCAAGGUCUGCCAGGAGAUUUUUUUUUUGUUACACUAAUUUUUCAGAUAGUCUUUAAAUAUUCUCCAUUCUUUAUGUACCUUCUGCAUUCUUCUACUUUUUCUAAUUGCAAAGCCUUUGAUCAGAUUCUCAAAACUAACCUUACGUAACGCAUCUGCUUUUAUGCUUAGUCAAGGUAAGGCACCCAGAUUCCAGCCUGCCUUGUUGCAUCAUUGUUCUGUUGGGAUUUUUAAUAUACUUCAACUGAGAAAAUGAAUGCUCAGCUGAGCAAUUUACGUGGUGCCCCCUCCUUCCCCGGAUGCCCUAAGCACACGCUUAUUUUGCUUAAUGGUUAAUCCAGCCCUGACACUAAUUACAUUGUGGAUGGAUGGAUGGAUGGAUGGAUGGAUGGAUGGAUGGAUGGGAUGCUGCUAGGCCUGAGAUAAGGACUCUAAGAUAGUCAGGCUUCAAUUUCCUUAAAUGAGGGAGUAACAUUCCCAGGGGCUCAGCUCACCCUCCCAGACCACCCAACCCUCCAGGUACUCAAUCAGCUAAACACAAGACAUGGAUAGCAUCUCUUCACAUGAGCCUCCACUUGUCUAAUCCUGACACCUGUCUGUGGUUUUGAGGAAGGGUCAGGGCAGCUCUGAAAACGAGCCCCCUGUCCUGUAUAUUCCUCCCCCGCAAAAGGGAAACAGCCAAUCUCAGACAAAUUAAGAGGGUUCAUUCUAACUCUCCAAAGAACAGAACAUUCCGUCCUUCCGCACGCCUGCACAUUGUUUUCUUUACAUUCUCUUUACACUCUGUUUCCUUUCACUUUUUCUUUCCCAGAACUACAUCAUCUGCAAACACAAGAGAAGGGCUGAGUCCGCACUGCAGCAGACCCCACCUGAUUCCAAGAGAGCGAGCAGGACUGUCAAGACCCUCGGAAGUAGUAUGCAACUCUACAGCAAGCGGAACCCUUUCAGGACGCUCUCGGAGGUAGAAUUCCUGGCUCCCUUUUGCUUUCAGAUGUCUAGGUUUGCAAGCAUAAAUACGCUUGAACAGGGUAGAGCUAGAGUGUCCAACAUGGGAGUUGUAGUUACCUGGAAGGCACCACGUUGGCUACCCUUGGGGUAGAGCAGGGUUUGCCAAACGUGGGUCUCCGGCUGUCGUUGGACUACAACUCCCAUCAUCCCUGACCACUGGUCCUGCUAGCUAGGGAUGAUGGGAGUUGUAGUCCAACAACAGCCAGAGACCCAAGAUUGGGAAACCCUGGUGCAGAGAGAAUGGAAGAAGUCUCUCUCUCUCUCUCUCUCUCUCUCUCUCUCUCUCUCUCUCUGUCUCUCUCUCUCUCAUGACUCUAGGGCUUGCCCAAGGGCAGCUGCAUCAAGGCCUAUUAGCCAUGACAGCUAAUGUUCAGAAGCAGCCUGCCUUUGACUGCUGGGGAGGGUGCAGGGGGUUGCGAAGUGCCAGGAAGCAGGGCUGUCUUCCUACUCGUCGUAUGGACUUCUUGGAAGCAGUUGAACUGGGAUGUUGCCAAGUCAAGCAGAGUUCUGCAUCUGUUAAAGAGAAACAAGGAACACAGGAGGUGGCAGAGGGCAGGUGACUCAAUAUUCUAAGUGAGGGUUGCUUUCAUUGCUUUAGGGAAAGGCAGCCUGUUCCUAGUCUCAGGGCUGUUGUCUCUGCAGGGGAAGGAGGACUUGGAGCCUGCAUUGGCUUUUUGGACACAGAGGUGGGGAUGAACAGUAGGAGAAGACUUUUGUCCUCAUGUCACACUUGUGGGUUUCCCAGAGGCAUGUGGAAAAGAGGGUGGUGGACUGGCCUUAUGCCAAUAAUAAUAAUAAUAAAUUUAUUAUUUAUACCCCGCCCAUCUGGCUGGGUUUCCCCAGCCACUCUGGGCAGCUUCCAACAAAAUAUUAAAAUACAAUAGUCUGUUAAACAUUAAAAGCUACCCUUUAAAGGAACCUAAGAAGAGUGGGUGGCACUGAGGUCUAAACCACAGAGCCUAGGGCUUGCCAAUCGGAAGGUCGGCAGUUCGAAUCCCCACGACGGGGUGAGCUCCCGUUGCUUGGUCCCUGCUCCUGCCAACCUAGCAGUUCAAAAGCACGUCAAAGUGCAAGUAGAUAAAUAGGUACCGCUCUGGCGGGAAGGUAAACGGCAUUUCCGUGCGCUUAGAAGCGGCUUAGUCAUGCUGGCCACAUGACCCGGAAAAACUGUCUGUGGACAAACGUCGGUUCCCUUGGCCUACAAAGUGAGAUGAGCGCCGCAACCCCAGAGUUGUCUGCGACUGGACUUACCAUAUUUUUUGCUCUAUAAGACUCACUUUUUCCCUCCUAAAAAGUAAGGGGAAAUGUGUGUGCGUCUUAUGGAGCGAAUGCAGGCUGCGCAGCUAUCCCAGAAGCCAGAACAGCAAGAAGGAUCGCUGCUUUCACUGCACAGCGAUCCUUCUUGCUGUUCUGGCUUCUGAGAUUCAGAAUUUUUUCCCCUUUGUUUUCCUCCUCCAAAAACUAGGUGCGUCUUGUGGUCUGGUGCGUCUUAUAGAGCGAAAAAUACAGUAACUGUCAGGGGUCCUUUACCUUUUUUCAGAAGAGACGGGUGGGUCAGGCCAGUGGCCCAUCUAAUCCUGCAUCCCAUUCUCACAGUGGCCAACCAGUGCUAGGGAGAAAACCCCUCAAAGCAGGACCUGACCACGAGGAUACUAGCAAAAUGUUAGAAAUCUCACCCAAUGGCAGAAACCUUUGCCAAGGACAGUUACUGGGAAAGGAACACGGUUGCUGCAUCCAGCUCACUUGCGCUCUCUCCCUUUGUCUUCUAGUGGGUGGUGCUCUAUAUCCUGCUCUUGGGGGCCCCGUGUUCCGGCAGCUACCCCACCUACAGCAGGCGAGAUCGCCGGACCAAUGAGGUGUUUGUGUGCAAGCAGUGCCCGCCGGGGACGUACGUGGCUGAAGAGUGCACCAAUGAUAAGGACACCGUUUGCCAGCCCUGCCCCGCUCUCCACUACACGCAAUACUGGAACUACCUCAAGAAGUGCCUGUACUGCAACGUCUUCUGCAACAGCCUGGAAGAAGAGGUGUGGCCGUGCAACGGCACACACAACCGGGCGUGCCAGUGCAAGGCGGGCUACCACUCGGAUUUGGAUUUCUGCAUAAAGCACUCCAGCUGCCCUUUGGGAACCGGAGUUGCUCAGCUUGGUACGUAUUGCAAGCGGCACCCUCACUCUCGAUCCCAGCAGGCGCCGCUCUACUGGGGACAGCCCUUGGUUUGGGCUGACUGUCCCUGGUAAAUCACAGAGGUUAGAAUCAUAGAAUUGUUGAGUUGGAAGGGGCUCACCAGGAUCAUCUAGUCCAGGCAUAGGCAAACUCGGCCCUCCAGAUGUUUUGGGACUACAAUUCCCAUCAUCCCUGACCGCUGGUCCUGUUGGCUAGGGAUCAUGGGAGUUGUAGUCCAGAAACAUUUGGAGGGCCGAGUUUGCCUAUGCCUGAUCUAGUCCAACCCCCUGCAAUGCAGGAAACUCAACUAAAGCAUCCCUGACAGAUGGCCAUCCAACCUCUGCUUAAAAGCAUCCACUCAAGGAGAGUCCACCUUCUUCCUGAUGCUUAGUCGGAAUCUCCUUUCUUGUCAUUUGAAACCACUGCUUAGAGUCCUACCCUCCAGAGCAGGGGAAAACAAGCUUGCUCCCUCUUCCAUGUGACAGACAUCUGACAUCCCUCUUCAGACAUCUGAAGAUGACUACCAUAUCUCCUCUCAGUCUGCUCUUUUCCAAGCUAAACUUACCCAGCUCCUUCAACAGUUCCUCAUAAGGCCUGGUUUCCAGACCCUUGAUCAUCCUUCUUGCCCUCCUCUGCACACAUUCCAGCUUGUCAAUACCUUUCAUAUACAGUGGUACCUCGGGUUACAGACACUUCAGGUUACAGACUCCGCUAACCCAGAAGUAGUACCUCAGGUUAAGAACUUUGCUUCAGGAUGAGAACAGAAAUUGUGCUCCGGCGGUGCAGCAGCAGUGGGAGGCCCCAUUAGCUAAAGUGGUACUUCAGGUUAAGAACAGUUUCAGGUUAAGAACGGACCUCCAGAACGAAUUAAGUUCUUAACCCGAGGCACCACUGUAUUGUGGCACCCAGAUGUCUGGGAAUCCAGCGCUGGGCUGCUAUGAAGAACGGGCUUCUUCUGAGACAUGAACGCUGUGAAAUCUCUCUCCAUUCAAAGCUUCCAAUUUUAAUAUGUGUAAAUAAAUCAUAUUUACAUAUAUAUAAAACUUGGUACUCCAUGAACAGUGGGGAAUUCUGGCAAGGCUCUGCAAAAUAGACAGUUGCCAUCAGGGCUUUGCAUGGGUUUGAAACGAGGUGUGUGCCACCUGUUUAGGGAAGCUUUUAAUGUUUGAUGCAUUACUGUAUUUUAGUAUUUUGUUGGAAGCUGCCCAGAGUGUCUGGGAAAGCCCAUCCAGAUGGGUGGGGUAUAAAUAAUAAAUAUUUGUUAUUUGUUAUUUAUUAUUUAUGGAGGUGCAGAAGCAAGCAUACUGGUCAGAAAUUCUCCCUGCAUUGCAACAUCAGUCUGGCAGCCCUUAUUCAUUUGCCUUCCUCUCGCCAGUGCCUCUAGCAAACAUCUAUGUUUUCUGGAGUACAGUUCUGGUCAUAGACCACAUGGCUCAAGUCCUCUGUUCUGCCCAAUGGGAGAUGGUAUCAAGUCACAAGUCUGGAUGAGGCCUUUGUCUCUGCCUUGGACUGGGGGUGCUCAAUGGGUGGACUCAGUUCAGAGAAGUUUUGUGGUUCAGUGGUGUUUUGCUGAGAUUCUUUUCUAUAUGUUCUGUAAUAAACUGGAUUUUGGACUUUGAACAAGUUAUAUUAUUCACAUACUUUGUGGCAACCUAUACCUGACUUAGAAUUCUGCCUUUUACUGAAUCAGGCUAGCGUAGUGGAUUUUCUUCAAUUAACUCCUCCAGUUGUGAAGUUUAAGACCACUUUUGUUUUGGUCGGAACAACUGCGGCCACUGGGGAACACACAAAAGUGAAGUCCAUAAGUUACACGGGUUCACCUUAGCUUUACGUGUAGAAAUGGUGGGAGGAAAUGAAACCUUGUGGACCCACGUGUGUGGUUUGAUCUUUUUGCAGUCCACGGGACUCUCAAGAGUCUCCUCCAGCACCAUAAUUCAAAAGCAUCAAUUCUUUCGCAAUCAGCCUUCUUUAUGGUCCAGCUCUCACUUCCAUACAUCUGGGAAAACCAUAGCUUUAACUAUAUGGACCUUUGUUGGCAAGGUGAUGUCUCUGCUUUUUAAGAUGCUGUCUAGGUUUGUCAUUGCUUUUCUCCCAAGAAGCAGGCGUCUUUUAAUUUCGUGACUGCUGUCACCAUCUGCAAUGAUCAUAUUCUGCAAAUAAUAGAUAUACUGAUAAUAUGCUAUACUACACUGAAAUGUUUAAAUGUUUGAUUGUCCUUGAAUUUUCCCAAUACACUUGCCAUCCUCUCCUGCCACACCCUUAGAGAACCCCAGUACCAAGUGGUCCUACAAGACCCUCAGCAAUUUUUUAAGUGCUACAUGGGGGGGGGGUAAGACACUUGGGAACCGCAGUUCUUAGACAAUGCCCAGCUCCAUUCGGAAUUUGCAUGCAGUGCUUGCUCACAGCUUCUUCUUCUUUUGCCAUGGCUGUAUCUUACAGGCAACCCGCAGGAGGACACUACAUGUAUCCCGUGUCCUCAGGGGACCUUUUCCGACUCUGUUUCCAGCACUGAGGUGUGCCAACCUCACCGGGACUGUUCUAAGCAAGGCCUGGCGGUCAACGUCCCUGGGAACCAGUUCCAUGACACCUUCUGCACCGUUUGCAAGAUGAGCAAAGCCAACAGCACCAAGGACAAAGCAGACGAAGGACCAGGUGAGAAGCUGCUUGGAGGCACAGGUACCCCCCCUGCCCAUUUCAAAUGGACAUCAAGCACUUGUGACUUACCUUCAGCAAAAUCCUGGGCCCUGUAAUUUAGGAGUUCUUUUGUGCCCUUUCCAGAACUCCCACUCUUGCCGGCUUAUGGUCCGUCCACCCCAUGCUUUUAGAGCACUCUUAUUCCACUUAAAUAAUCAUUGAGAAUCCUGGGAAUCGUAGUUUGCUAAGGGUGCUGAGAACUGUAGCUCUGUGAAGUCAGCACCCUUAACGAACUGCAGUUCCCAGAAUGCUCCAUGACUGCUGUAACGUAUGGUGUGUGGCAGCCCCGUUCUGGGUCUGCUGUAGUUUCUGAGUCAUGCGCAUAGAGCACAUUGCAGCAUAGCUGUCAACCUUCCCUUUUUUGCGGGAAAUUCCCUUAUUCCAGCACCAUUUCCCGCUGCUUCCCUGGAUUGUUAGAUAUCCCAAAGACUGUCCCCAGGACAGGUGAAGCUGCUGAUCCCUUAUUUCCGAGGCUGCUGAUCCCUUAUUUUCAAAUCUGAAAGUUGACAGCUAUGUAUUGCAGUAGUCAUGGCAAGUUUCAUACGCAACACUUUAAAGCUGGGCCAGAGAGCCUGGGAAUUUCAAAAACAUCACUCUAAUGCUGCUCUGUUGAGUUGCCAGUGGAUUCUAUUUUCUGCCCUUGUAACCUACUCCACAAAUCCCUUUUUGGAUUGAAGCAUGGCUUAUCAGGUGCCUAAAAACAACAUGUAGAAGUCUACUGAAUAGUAAAAGGUAAAGGGACCCCUGACCAUUAGGUCCAGUCGUGCCCGACUCUGGGGUUGCAGCGCUCAUCUCGCUUUCUUGGCUGAGGGAGCUGGCGUACAGCUUCGGGGUCAUGUGGCCAGCAUGACUAAGCCGCUUCUGGCGAACCAGAGCAGCGCACGGAAACGCCAUUUACCUUCCUGCUGGAGCAGUACCUAUUUAUCUACUUGCACUUUGACGUGCUUUUGAACUGCUAGGUUGGCAGGAGCUGGGACUGAACAACGGGAGCUCACCCCAUCGCGGGGAUUUGAACCGCCGACCUUCUGAUCGGCAACUCCUAGGCUCUGUGGUUUAGACCACAGCGCCACCCACCCACUGUAAUAUGAGCCUGGCACUAGAGGCCUUAUUCACACCACCUAAUACCAAGACCUGUUUCGUUCCCCGCCCUGCCUUCUCCAGGAAUCGGGAGUGAUUGUCAAGACGCCAUAAUAGACUUUGUGCCUUACCAAGUCGGGUCGCAGAGACGGCUGGAGAGACUGCUUCACAGAAUCAACGGAAGUGCACCUGCCGCAGGUUGUGAUGAGAAGAGCCCAUUAGUGCUCCAGGUGGAACUCCAUGCCUUCCUCAUCCAGCUCAAGGACACUCUGGGGAGACAGGUCGUGGUGCAGAAGCUCUGGAAAGCCCUGGAUCACAUGAAAUUGCAGAAUAUACAAAAGAAGAUCCAAAAGCAUUUCUUGAGCUCAUGAGAUUGGACGUGGGUUCAAGUUAUAAAAAGGAUAUGCACAAGCGCCUCUGAGAAAAAUAACCAGUACCAUUUUGGUCUGCGACUGGGACUUUAUCUAAGAGGACAUUGUCUUCCCUUGGGCUUUGUUUAUUAAAAAAAUUUCCCCUCUUUGAAAAGAAGCAAAAAUUAAUGGACACAAUUUUUAACGAGUCUGAUUUUCCCUCAAGCAGGGAAAAUGUAUUCCCUUAUGUAUUCCUGCAAUGUAUUCCCUGAUGAAAUUGUGCACCCUGGGGGUCCUGAACUUCCAAGGAAUUUGUUUUUUAAAAGCAUUUAACUCAGUAUUAGGGGUUUUUUUUAAAAAAAAAUGUGCUACUUAUUCUCCCCUGCCACCCAAAUAGAACACGCAAAACGAGCAUAAAUAUAUCAAUAAUAACUGAUUUAUCCUUUCAACAAUCCUAUCACUGCAGCCCAUUUGUUCCAGGGGAAGAGUUGGUUUAUGUUGGAUUGGUUACACUUGCAUAUAUUUUUUUAUAUUUUAAUUUAUCUUACCAUUCAUAACUCUGGCUUUCUUAGUUGUUAGCGUUUUUAUACUGCCCCAACAAACAAGAGGUUGGUGACCAGACAGGAUUAUCAAGAGGCUAAAUCUGUCUGGAAGGCCAGUGCGUGCAUUUAAGUUUCUAAAAUAUACAAGCCUAAUAUUGCCAGAUAUAUCAACAGCAUGUUCCACAUGAAUGAAACAUGGGGAAGGGAGAAACAAGGAACAGUCUAUGCAGACAAACUUUCACCAGUCAAAAUUAGCUGAAAGCGUUACCCUGGCAUAGGGCCCAGGAAUUGUUCCCACCCAGGGUAAGAGCCCAAAGCGCUGGGCGCUGGUUCUUCAAACAACAGCUGAGAUUCUCAGGAAGUUCAACAUGACCUCGGGAUGAGAGUAGAUCCAACAUAUUUUAAAAUCCAGCAUCGUUUUCCGAUGCUUUAUUCCAUUUGCUGGAAACCACAGGCGGGGAGAGGGCUCUUGUGUUCGAAUCCGGCUUGUGGAUCUGGGGUGGGGGCACUGUGAGAGUAGAAUGUUGGACUAGAUGGGUCACUGAUCCAGCAGAUCCUCUUUUUAAUACUCUUAACACCAUAAUUUUAAUUUUUUUUUUUUUUAAAUCCAUUGUAAUUUCAUUUCAAGUGAUCGAAAAGUCUCUGGAGGCCUGGGUCCAGAUUGACAGCCAGUGUGGCCUAGCGUUUAGAGUGCCAGACUAAGAUCUGGGUUCGAAUCUCCACUCUGCCAUUAAGCUCACUGAGUGACCUUCGACCAGUCCCUUUCUCUCCGCCUAACCUACUUCACAGGGUUGUCGUGAAGAUAAGAAGGGGAGGCGAGAACCAUGUAUGCCACCUUGAGCUCCUUGGUAUAUAAAGGUGAUAAAUGCAUGAAUGGAUUGUGGAGGUAAGGACCCCCUUAAAUGGUCCUGGGUUGGUGUUUCCAGGUCCAGCCUGCCCCAAGUAGUGGCUCUUGGAUCUGAAUGCUUGCCUUGUGUCACACCAAUCUGUUAGCUGUAAGCAAUAAAAGUUGUGGGCAUUUUUAUCCCAUCUCUCAUGUGGUUCGAUUCUUGCUUUUCUGCUCUGCUCCAUUGCGGAGCCUCAGUGGAUUAAACGUGUCAGGGAACUGACAUCGGAGCGAGAGGCGAAGGGGAGGCCCCUAGAUGAUGCUGGAGAAGGACCCAGCAGCAGGGGGAGAAAUAGCUCAGUUGAGGGGGAAGCAUUUAAGCGCAACACCAGGGAUAAAGGUGGGCAGAUGGGGGAAUCGGAGAGAGGGCUCCAGGACUCUUCACUGGAACUCAGUGAGGAGGGGACAGGUCCUCCGCUACCCACGCCCUCCCUGCGCAGAAGACUCCCACGCAGUGAGAGGAGGAGGAGACUGGGUGUCAAACAACUUUUAUGUUGGAAGAGGUUCAAGAAACGCCCACUGACGGAUUCUGCCAGUGACUGAGGCAGUCACAAUUAGAAAGGGCUGUGCAAUCAGAAAGGUUUAACAAGGCAAUUUAGCCUAGAGAGGCACCAGUUUACGCACGAGUAACUCAUACUCAUCACAAAACGUGACCGGCAAAAGUAGCAUAUUGAGCCAAGCGCUUUGCAAAAGUAGAAUGGUGAUUUCCACGUGGCAUUGUUUGGAAUUUACUGCAAGAAUGCCUCUCUGGUUGUGGAAAUUCUAAGGUUUUCUUAGCACAUGGGUUGGUAAGGCAAGUUAAGAGAAGGAAACAGGAACUUCCCUUGAGAGUAAAGUUUGCUGUCUUGGAUAAUAAUUACAGUAUUAUUGAUUUAUUAAUUCCUCCUAGAUAAAGGUCUCAACACAAUGUAUGACAGAGACAAUUCAAAACGUAAAAGGGCUAAUACAUUUAAAACAAAACUAAAAUCCUAAGAAGUGGACACUUGUCACAAUGACCCACUUCACCAGCUGGGAAAGCCCGCUGGAGCAAAAAUGCCUCCUGUUGUUUCUGGAAAAUGCAGAUAGUGGACUCCUGUCGUAUCCCAGCAUAACAAGGGCAGCCACACAAAUGCAAUCUCCAUUGUUUAUAAACCACAGGACACAGAAUGAAUUGUGUGCAUUUCCUCCUUUUGACUAGUGCAGGAGAUUCCAGAUAGACUGGAAUCUCAGAUUGUUAAAAGUCUCGGUGAUCCUGGCGAUUGUUUGAUGAUUUUCAACUCAAUUGAGAUGAAAAAUAUGAUAUUAAGAACAAGUUACCAAAAAAAAUUAAUAAUUGAAAACAGAACAAUUAUUAUAUACAAAGAAAUACCAAUUAGACUUUUGCGUAAAAGACAAGGAUACCGACAAAUAGUAAGUGUCUUACAGAGAAACAAUAUACAAUAUAGAUGGGAGUUCCCUGAAGGAAUUACCUUCUAUUAUAAAGAUAAAAGAUUCAGACUGAUAGAUACACAAGAAGCAGAAAUUUUUUUGAGAAGAUAUGAGAAGGAGCUUGGAAAAGGGGAAGAAAGGUACGGAGGAGGAGGGAGAUAUACAGAAAGGAGGAAGGAAAAGAAGGUAAAAAACACAGAGAAGCAAAAGAGAGAG